GCAUCAAGCAUAACAUGUUUAUUGGUCAUAACCUUAAUAUUUUGGAUACACGUGGAAUAUCGCGAAUUUAAAUUCGAUUUUCGCCAAACCAUUGUUACUUGAACGAUUUUAAAAAAAAGUGUAAAAGUGAGUUGUACAAAGUGGAAAGUAUUCGUUAACAAUGAAAUGCUCGCCGCGGGAUCUCUGGCCCGCGUACGAAAAUACCUACGGACGCCUAAACUUAUCCCGAAACGCUGAUAUAAAGGCCGACGAGGACUCGUUUUAUUGGAAAACUUAAAGAGCGACGAGAGAUAGAUACGGUCGAGCAAUUAAUCUCGAAGGAAGCGUCCUUCGCGACGAACAGAUCUCCCGCUCGCGUCGGGAAAAUCGACGACGGCGAAGGAAGGCUCCGUCGCGGUCCUCGAAUUUAAAAAAAAAACAAAAAAAAUAUCUUCCGCAGAACAUGUUGUCGCGCGUCCCGUUUCGUGCGUGUCGCAACGCCUCGAGAUUCCGCUCGAUCUCGUCGAACGUGAAGUCGGAUUACACGUGCGACAGGUACAAGGUGCAACGAGGUCCUUACGCCAGGAUCUCCGACCAGCACGCGACGUUCUUCGACGGUUUGCUCGGUCGGCAGAGGGUCAUCUCGAACCCGGAGGACUGCGAGAAUUACAACGUAGAUUACCUGAAAAUCGUCAGAGGUAAGAGUAACUUGGUUUUGAAGCCAAAAACAACCGAGGAGGUGUCCGCCAUCCUGAAAUAUUGCAACGACAAUCGGUUGGCCGUGUGUCCCCAAAGCGGUAACACUGGACUCGUGGGUGGCAGCGUGCCGGUGUUCGACGAGAUCGUUAUUUCCAUGAAACUCAUGAACAAAAUCAUCGAAACGAACGAGCUGGCAGGUGUGUUGACCUGCGAGGCUGGCUGUGUGCUGGAGGACCUGGAGAAUCAUUUGGCGACCGUAGACUUGAUGAUGCCUCUAGAUCUAGGCGCUAAAGGCAGUUGCCUCAUCGGUGGUUGCGUGUCAACGAAUGCUGGCGGUUUGAGGCUGUUGCGUUACGGCAACCUGCAUGGAAACAUUCUGGGAUUGGAGGCCGUGAAGGCGAACGGGGACGUGGUGGAUUGCUUGAACACGCUGAAGAAGAACAAUACCGGGUACCAUUUGAAGCACCUGUUCAUUGGCUCGGAAGGAACCCUGGGUAUCGUGACGAAGGUCGCCAUCCAGUGUCCACCUCUUCCCAAAGCCAUAAACGUUGCGUUUCUAGGGCUGGACAGCUUCGACAAGGUGCUGAAGACGCUGAAACUGGCCAAGAGCGAGUUAGGAGAGAUUCUGUCCUCGUUCGAGAUGAUGGACAAGAAGUGUUUCAACCUCCCGAUCAAGGUGCACGAUUUGAAGAGCCCGUUGACCACGAAACCCGAUGGCCACGAUUUCUACGUUCUCCUGGAGACUUCCGGGAGCAACAUGGCCCACGACGAGGAGAAGCUCGCGUCCUUCGUGGAGAAAUCACUCGCCGAGGGCAUGAUCGAAGACGGUACUCUAACCUCGGACCCUGCAAAAGUAAAAAACAUAUGGAUGCUCAGAGAGUGCAUCAGCGAAGCUGUACUGCACGACGGUUACGUGUUCAAAUACGACAUCUCGGUGCCUCUUCUGUCUUUCUACAAGGUGGUCGAGGUGCUCAAGGAACGAUUGCGCGAUCCACGCAUCAUAACGAUCGGCGGUUACGGGCACAUGGGCGACGAGAACAUUCACGUGCAAGUGUCUAUACCGUCGUACGACGCUGAUAUAGCAUCGCAAUUGGUGCCAUUCAUUUACGAAUACGUGUCGAGCCUCCGUGGCAGCGUUAGCGCCGAACAUGGAAUAGGAUUCAUGAAAACGAAGUAUCUACAUAUGAGCAGAACGCCUUCAGAGAUCGAGCUCAUGCACGAUCUGAAGAACAUGAUGGACCCGAAUGGUAUACUCAAUCCGUACAAGGUCCUCUAUCCAAUUACAACGUCGAAAUAAUAAUUACAGUUUAUAACAACCGAGAUAUGUACAUUCCUGUAAAUAAUGUUAAAUAUAAUUAAUAUUUAGUAAAUGAAACAUGUGUCAUAUAAAAUAAAAAUAAUACC